CUCUGGAAGACGAGGCACAUCAACGACACGUCACUUAAUAAAACUAUCUCCCGGAAAUACGAUGCUCGAGUGUACCGGCGAGUCAUCGAUUGAUAAGCCUCCACCAAUGUGGGGAGCUAAUCUUUCAAUCGCCUUCUCGACGGUAUAAUGAGAAACAUCGGGUACCACGGGGACAAAGACGAUCCUACGCUGGGUCCAACGCUCGUCUAACACCUCGGGAUGCCGAAGGCAGCCAUAAGUCCGGGUUUCUUCGUUUCGCUCCUUCGAAACUGGUCGAACACCUCAUCUAGACGAGAUGGACGUUUUGAUCUUCUCUACAUAAAACUGUGCACGUUGCUGAAGACACGGGAGUAAAUUUCAAAGUAACCUUCUCUACCUGGUGAAGAUGAGGAAACGGGAUUUCGGAAUUCCCUUUGAAGAAAUCGAAUCGAAAAGUAGAGGAUGCAUUGAUAAUUUUUUCAUCGGCGUCCAGAGAAUUCCAUGCAUGAGUCAAAGAUGGCGGAAGAAGAUGGAGCAAACUAUGAUUGGAAGAAACAUCGUUGGAAAUGAAGUCCGAUUAUUUUAGAUACAGAAGAAUGUAUCUUCAAAGAAAUGCAAGCAGUGGAUUUAUCAGAUUAGAUGGAUGUUCGAUUUCGUUUCAUCGUUCUUUGAUGGCUCUGUUAAACAGCGCUGAUUAAUUUCUGAAAAAUGCGAUUACAUUCGUUCGAUGACACAUUAAAUAUUGAAUGGCGGGAUCCAUGGCUUGUAUUCCUAUUGAUUUUCCAUAUCGCCAUUACAAUGACUGCAUUAAUGACACGGAAUCAUGCCAAUUUUCAAAUUGUAUUAUUCCUUGCUUUGUUACUCUUGGUAUAUUUCUCUGAAAGCAUAAAUGAAGUUGCUGCAUCUAAUUGGAUGUUGUUUUCAAAGCAGCAAUAUUUUGAUUCCAAUGGACUUUUUAUAUCAGUAGUAUUUUCUGUGCCUAUCUUGAUGAAUUGCAUGGUCAUGAUUGCUAGCUGGCUUUAUCAGUCCAGUCAGUUGAUGACUAGUUUAAAACGGGCCCAAUUAAGGCAGCAAAUAAGAAAUCACAAAAUUAGAAAUGAAUCUUUGAACGCAAAUGGCGCUGUUGUAAAGGAAAAGCAAGAGUAAUAUUUCUAGUCUAAUAACAAGAAUGAAGAAAAUGGAAUACAAACAUGUAAAUUACUAUGAAACAAGUAUGGGCUUGUUUUUGCCACAAGUAGAGUGGCAUAUAACAGCACUAUAAUAUUCGGCGAAUGUUUAAUAUAGCAUUUUUUAAAACGCUACUGCCGACAUAGUAAUUGCUGUAAUUCAUAUUGAAGUUGACUAGUUUCACUGUCGGUUGACUACUUCCAAUAUUAUGCCGUAUCUGUUUGAUAAUUAGAGUGUGAAUUCAAAAUCUUGUAAAUAACUUAUUUAUUUAGGAACAACGAUGUACUAAAUUGCGGAACGGCACGUAAUUUGAAAAUUACUAAAUGUUACAUACUUCGCGAGAGAAUAUUGUUAUCUUAUAUUAAGGUACAUUCUGACAGUUCUCUACUUUUAUUUUAACAUUGAGAUAUUCAUUACGAAUCAAUGUUCUUAAAGCAUUAUCAUUGUACUUACUAUUGUAACACAUAUUGCUUGUUACGAAAGCUAAUGAAAAGAACG